CAUUCCGCACCCAAAAAACUUUCCAUUUUCCUCUUCCCACUCUCUGGGACUUCCUUUUGAUCCCAUCCACCCCCACCUCGUGUGUGAGAGUGUGUGUGCAGAGGAAGAGGGGGAGCAAAGAGUGUGUGAGGGCUGCUGGAGAUUUACAAUCUGCCUUCACGCUUUUGGGACCUAGGAAAAGAAGAGUUCCACCAUGGACUGCAAGUGAAAGGAAGUCUGUCUUGCGUGUGUGUGUUUUUUGCAGAAGUUGAGGCUUUUUCCUCUGUUGCUUGCCGAAGUGUAAGCGGUGCCUUUAUUACACGUUGAGGGAGGUUAUCUAAAGAUAGAAAACUGGCCUGAAGUGGAAAUUCGAGGAAUCUGGAAGUUUGGCAGUAUUCCUUUCCAGAAUUUCUCCACAGUCAAAUGUAGAGAUCUCCAUGGUAACUCAAACCCCCAGACUCUUCUUACCAGCCUGCAAGAAGCAGUUCUCAACAGCUCAGAGGUCUCAAGACCAGAGCGUGGAUCGCACUUCUUGCAAACCUCAUCAUAUUGAGGUGGGGUUAAGAUGAGCAUAACCAGUGACGAAGUGAAUUUCUUGGUAUAUCGCUAUCUCCAGGAGUCAGGUUUCUCCCAUUCAGCCUUUACAUUUGGAAUAGAGAGUCAUAUUAGCCAGUCCAACAUCAAUGGAACACUAGUGCCACCUGCUGCCCUCAUCUCCAUCCUUCAGAAAGGCCUGCAGUAUGUGGAAGCUGAGAUCAGCAUCAAUGAGGAUGGUACAGUAUUUGAUGGCAGACCUAUAGAAUCUCUUUCUCUGAUUGAUGCAGUAAUGCCUGAUGUAGUACAGACCCGGCAACAGGCUUUCAGGGAAAAAUUAGCUCAGCAGCAAGCCAGUGCAGCACCAGUCACCACAAUAGCAGCCACCACAACAGUGGCAACAACAGCAACUACAACGGCUGUUCAGCAGCAGAAUACACCAAAGAAUGGGGAAGCCACUGUGAAUGGAGAGGAGAACGGGGCACAUGCAAUAAAUAAUCAUUCAAAGCCAAUGGAAAUUGAUGGGGAUGUUGAAAUUCCUCCUAACAAAGCAACAGUCCUUCGCGGCCACGAAUCAGAGGUGUUUAUCUGUGCCUGGAAUCCUGUCAGUGAUCUACUAGCAUCAGGGUCUGGUGACUCAACAGCCCGAAUAUGGAAUCUUAAUGAAAACUGCAAUGGUAGUUCCACUCAACUAGUUUUGAGGCACUGUAUAAGAGAAGGAGGGCAUGAUGUUCCCAGCAACAAGGACGUAACAUCACUGGAUUGGAAUAGUGAUGGAACACUAUUGGCCACAGGAUCAUACGAUGGCUUUGCAAGAAUAUGGACAGAAGAUGGGAACCUUGCAAGCACCUUAGGUCAACAUAAAGGGCCCAUCUUUGCCCUGAAGUGGAACAAAAAGGGGAAUUACAUUUUAAGUGCUGGUGUUGAUAAAACGACAAUAAUUUGGGAUGCUCAUACAGGGGAAGCUAAACAGCAGUUUCCUUUCCACUCAGCCCCUGCUUUGGAUGUAGACUGGCAGAACAACACGGCUUUUGCAUCCUGCAGCACUGAUAUGUGCAUACAUGUAUGCAGGCUUGGCUGUGACCGUCCUGUCAAAACCUUUCAAGGCCAUACGAAUGAGGUCAAUGCAAUCAAAUGGGAUCCUUCUGGUAUGCUUCUGGCAUCUUGCUCAGACGAUAUGACGUUAAAGAUUUGGAGUAUGAAGCAAGAUACAUGUGUACACGACCUUCAGGCACAUAACAAAGAGAUUUAUACUAUCAAGUGGAGUCCGACCGGACCAGGCACCAGCAACCCAAACUCCAAUGUUAUGUUAGCAAGUGCUUCAUUUGACUCUACUGUUCGAUUGUGGGAUGUUGAAAGAGGAGUCUGCACUCACACGUUAACCAAACAUCAAGAACCUGUCUACAGCGUAGCUUUUAGUCCAGAUGGAAAAUACUUAGCAAGUGGGUCCUUUGACAAAUGUGUCCAUAUAUGGAAUACUCAGAGUGGAACUCUGGUACAUAGCUACAGAGGCACCGGGGGAAUAUUUGAAGUCUGCUGGAAUGCUAGAGGAGAUAAAGUGGGAGCUAGUGCAUCAGAUGGAUCGGUUUGUGUUCUAGACUUGCGAAAGUAAAUGCUUUAGCUGAAAUUGCAAAUGGACCAGCAGUUGAAUGUGUGGGUAGAAGCACUCUUCAAAACUAUCCUUGACAUCUCUAGGACUGCAAGAACUGGGGGGGGGGGACAGGAAAAGGGGAGGGAGCUUGAGAGUGGAACAGAAGUAACUCUCCCAGGUGCCUCAAGCCUGCAAUGUUUUGUCCAUAACAUUCAUCAAGGAGUUAAAUAACACACAAUCAUUUAGGGGGGAGGGUGUGGGGUAGAUUCCACCUGGAACUUUGAGCCUAUGAAAGCAGGAAGAGCACCACCAGCUGAAAGCCUGCCUGUCUGGUUUGGGUCUCUAAGAACUCACCUUGAUGGCUGCAGAAGAGAAGAAGAAAAGCUGUGCCAAAAAUAAUAAUAAAUAAUAAACCUAUAAAGCAAAAAUGCUUUGACUAAACCAAAAUGGGAAGAAUCCUCCUCCUCCUCCAUGCGGUGUUGUAUUUUUUUCCUUCUCAUCGGGACACUACAGUUGCUCUCCCAAAGGACAUUCAAAGACCAGUUUGUACCAACGAUGCGUGCAACUUUGUAAUCACAACACUUUGUAUUUUCUAGACUACUUUUAUUUGUUCAGUGGGUUUUUGUCAGCUGGAAUAUUAGGCCUUGAGGAUCACAGGCUUAGCUUUGAACUGAAUAUUUUUCUUUUUCCAGUCUUUUUUUUGAGGGGGUGGGUUUGGGGUCUCUCUCACCCCCCUGCUUUAUGCCUUCAGUAGAUACAGCCAGGUGGGCAUAAUGAAAAAUGUAACAGACGGCCUCUCUCUCCUCUUUUCCCUUCCCCUCCUCUCCCAGCUUCUUCUUCCUCUUCUGUUUUUUAAUUAUUCCAUACUUCAGAUCUUAAAGUCUCAAGGGCACUUUCAUCAGAUUGUGUAAUAAGUGCUUUAUGUAAGAAUGCAGUGCCGGGAAAGCUUUUUACAGGAGAAAAAUGACUUUUUAAAAAAAGAAAGAACCCAGUGUAUUUUUGGAGAGAAAAAAUAUUUUUUAUGUUAAACAAUUUUAGAAGCUUAAAAUGUCCACCAGAUGUAGACUGGAUUGUGUUAGUCAUUCAAAAGAACAAUGCAGAUGGAAUCUGAUACACAUUUAAAGAUGCAGUAUCCCUUUUAUCUCCUUUUAAAAGGCAUUUUACUAAAACAAUAAAGGUCAGGGUGAUACUUCUUUUUGAUCAGUCUUCUGCAAGUGAAAAAACAAAAAGGCCUGCAUGGUUUAGUUUCAUUGACAGGACUUCAUGAUGGCAAUUAUAAUUACUUGCUUCAGAAAUUUAAUUUUCUUGUUUUGGAAGUGAUUAUUCUGAUUCACACAUCCCAGUAGCUACUGUGAUACAUAUAUGCAUACACGCAUUUCCCAGAGUGGCAUAUGGCCUGGUUGUGGUGUUCUAUUCAAAACAAAUUUUAAAAAAACCUUGUUCUCUGGGAUCAAAGUCUAGAAAUCACAUUGUAUGGAAAUAACAUCGUAUGUCAUUUGCUGACUACCUCUGCUUACAAAUCAGGGCAUGUUAGAGCCACUAUGUUAGAGAGCGGCAGAGCUGUCACGUUCCCAGUGAUCUGCAGUGCUGAUCUACUGUUCAGGAUAUAUGACGACAUGACAAGAUUGUGAUUUAAAUUGAGAUUUAAACAGGCAGAACAAAGGUUGGAACUUGCAAAGAAGUACCAGUUGUUGUGGCUCUUCUUCAUCCUCAACAGUUAUGGGAUACUACAAAAAUUGCACCUGAAUUAAUCUAAGGUGGGUAAACACUCUGAACAGAUCCUCAGGCUCUUCCGGAGAGGAGGCAACUGCAUCUUUAACGUGGUCACUCUAUGGGGCAUCCUAUGGCCUGAAAAUGAGAGGGGUCAAGUAUUCGUUCCCUCAAGCAUAUUAGAAAUUGUAUAUUUUUUUUCUUUAAAAAGCAAACUAGCUAAUUUUAGAGCCAAGUGAAGUGCACUUUGUCAAACAUAAGGGUCGUCUUUGUUUUGGGGGGGAGGGGUUACUUUUGUCUUUGUUUCCUUUUUGCCUUUUUUUAAAAAAAUGCGGUUCUUCAUCAAUUGCAAAAACUCACUGAUAACUCUGAAUUCUGGCUUCUAAAGUUUUUAUUGUCUGUGUCAGACUUGAAGCCAGGCUUGGUUCUCAUUUCAACAUUUCCCAGGUUCUGUUGAAACAACAUCCCCUCCUUGCUCCCUGCUGAAGUUUUGUCCACAUACCCUCCUGCACACUCACAUUCUCUCUCUCUCUCUCUCAGCAGAUCACCUUGUGUGUUGUAGUUCAUUUGUUUCAAGGAGAGAAUCAACAGAUCAUAUUCAGUGUCUUGAAUAAAUUGCUAUAUUUUGAUAUUAGAA